UCAAUCAUAUUCGUUAGUAAAUUAUACUCGCAACAUAAACCAAAAAUCGAAAUUGAAUUAGUUUGAGCUCUUCGCCAUGUCGGGCAAGGCAAAAGCAACAACAGAAGCUGCAGCCGCCCAAACGGCGGCAGCACAGGGCGUGGCUGCCGCAUGUGGCAGCAGCAUUGCGUAUGUGCAAUGCCAGAAUCUCAAGUACAAUGCCAUCAUUAUCGGUUGGCUGGGAGUCAUCAUAUCCAGUGUGGUAGUCUUCAGUUCCCUGAUGAUCAUAAAUAUGCAAGCAGAUGUCGAACUGUUGAUCAAACAUUUGCUGCUCAACGAUGCCACAGACAAAGAGCAGCAGUUCCUGAUGAAUCUGUUGGCUGCAUUCAGCACAGUUGCUUAUGGACUUUCAUUGAUUAACUUGGGCGUCAGCCUACUGCUGCUCAUUGGUGUGGCUCGGGACUCGAGCAGCCUGCUGUAUCCUUGGCUGAUAUAUCAUGGCGUUAUGUUCGGUUUCGGGCUUUAUUUGGGUGUAUUCUAUGCCAUGGCUGGUCUCUUUAUCGAUCUGUCUAGUUUCUUAAUGUGUUUGCUCGUCUUUGCACUGGUAUUGGUAAUCUAUUAUAAGAUAUAUCAUGAGGUUUUCACCCUGUUCCGCGUCAUGCAACAACAGCUGCACUGUGGUCCACUUUAUUGCCAGGAUGCGGAACAUGCUUGGGCUGCCAAUAUGCCGUAUACGCCGCUUUAUAUGCCACGUAUGCCCAUCAAGUAAUAAGAACAACAAUCAUCCGAUAUAUGAUGUGUAUACAGUACGUAUACUUGAUAAUAAAUGUUUGAUACAUUGUUGCCUGU